CCUCUCAUCUUUUAUCAGCACUCACAUUUAAAUUCAAACCUCGUGAAAGCAACGAAGACCUCAACCAUACUGCGAACAACUUUCUCUCUCUAGAUCUUCACGCCUUUUCUCUCUCUAGAGAUAUAGUUCUUUGAUUUGAUUUGAAUUUGUGAAAUUCGUACGGACAUGGCGAUGAGUUUACCGCAUCAAAUCGGAGCUAUAUCGGGGACGUCGAUUCCGAUCGAAUCAGGUAGUUCUUCCUGCGAGUCGCCGGUGGCGACUGUGAAUGCGUCGGCGGUGUGGAGGUCACCAACGGCGAGCCUACGGGUCGGAUUGCAGAGGCAGGGGAUCGAGACGGACCGGAUAUCGCCGUCUCCGCCGUUGAGUCCGAGAAUCGGCGGAAUCCGGCCGGAUCUGUCGGUGGCGUGCCAGGCGUUGAUGGAAGCGUCGCCGUCGGUGGCGGAGAGGGCGGAGGAUGAGAUGGUGAGGGAGUAUAAGGAGGGAGUUAGGGGUGCGCAGGUGAAGGGGAACGGAGUGCCGGUUUUUGUGAUGAUGCCGCUGGACAGCGUCACGAUGGGGAACACGGUGAACCGGAGGAAGGCGAUGAACGCUAGCCUGCAGGCGCUAAAGAGUGCCGGGGUGGAAGGGAUCAUGAUGGAUGUGUGGUGGGGACUGGUGGAGAGAGAUUCACCGGGAUCGUAUAAUUGGGGUGGAUAUGCAGAACUAUUGGAGAUGGCGAAGAAGCAUGGCCUCAAAGUUCAGGCUGUCAUGUCCUUCCAUCAAUGUGGCGGAAACGUAGGCGACUCUUGCACGAUCCCUCUACCUAAAUGGGUUGGGGAAGAGAUAAACAAAGACCCUGACCUUGCAUAUACAGAUCAAUGGGGGAGGAGGAAUCAUGAAUAUAUUUCACUUGGCUGCGAUACUGUUCCAGUCCUGAAGGGGCGAACACCCGUUCAGUGUUAUGCUGAUUUCAUGCGUGCUUUCAGAGACAAAUUUGAGCACCUCUUUGGUGACACCAUUGUGGAAAUCCAAGUUGGAAUGGGUCCAGCUGGUGAGCUUCGUUAUCCGUCAUACCCAGAACAAAAUGGAACGUGGAAAUUCCCUGGAAUCGGAGCCUUUCAGUGUUAUGACAAGUACAUGAUCAGCAGUUUAAAAGCUGCAGCAGAAGCUUCUGGUAAGCCAGAAUGGGGUAGCACUGGCCCUACAGAUGCUGGCCACUACAACAACUGGCCCGAAGACACCAACUUUUUUCGAAGGGAGGGUGGCGGUUGGGAUGGCCCCUAUGGCGAAUUCUUCCUGACCUGGUAUUCUCAAAUGCUUCUAGACCACUGCGAGAGAAUAUUAUCAUCGGCUAAGGCCACCUUUGAGAAUACAGGUGUCAAAAUCUCAGUUAAGGUUGCAGGAAUCCACUGGCAUUAUGGAACCCGCUCCCACGCCCCUGAGCUCACAGCAGGUUACUACAACACCCGUUUCCGAGAUGGAUACCUUCCCAUUGCCCAGACAUUAGCCCGUCAUGGAGCUAUCUUUAAUUUCACUUGCAUUGAGAUGCGAGACCACGAGCAGCCACAGGAUGCCCAAUGUGCACCUGAGAAACUCGUGCGGCAAGUGGCUUUGGCUACCCAGAAAGCUCGAGUCCCCCUUGCCGGAGAAAACGCAUUGCCACGAUAUGAUGACUACGCUCAUGAGCAAAUAUUGAACGCAGCAGCGUUGAAUCUUGAUGGUAGUGAAGAAGAUAGGGAAAUGUGUGCCUUCACGUAUUUGAGGAUGAACCCAGAUUUAUUCCAACCGGAUAACUGGAGACGGUUUGUGGCAUUUGUGAAGAAGAUGAAGGAAGGAAAGGGUACGAACCGAUGUUGGGAGCAAGUGGAGCGGGAGGCAGAGCAUUUUGUGCAUGUGACUCAGCCAUUAGUACAGGAAGCUGCAGUUGCUCUUAUGCAUUAAAAUUUUAGUUGUUAUACUGACUUAGGACAGUAAUUCUCAGAAGGAUUAUGUCAAUAGCAGUAUGUAACAGUUGGGUCUCUGCCCCUUCUCAACAGAUAUUAUGUUUUGUAUUAAUGUACUAUCUUAUAAAAAUUAGGGAUUUUUGGGACAUGUUAGUUCCAAAAAAACUUGUACUUUAAACAGGAUAAUACAUAAAUGCUUUGUGUUUUAGUA